AUCACAGCCAAAAACAGGCAUCUGGGAGAAUGAGAUUUGACAGAAAUGACGUGAAAGGUUUGGCAGCAGGUAAAUAAGCCUGUCUUCGUCUUUUAAACAAUGUCUUUAGUUUGCGAUUGUUGGAGGAGAGGGGAAGUGGGUUUCAGCUGGCUUCCUGAGCGAUUCCACUAGAUGAUGGGCGGAGCCAGAGGAAAGCUGUCAGCUGGGGUGGCGUAGCAAGCAGCGAGCGUGUGGGUGCGUUUAUAUGUGUGGGUGCCAGAGUGUCAGAGCAAGGAGUGCAUGAGUGCUACUAUUACAUACUGGUCUUCUGGCAUUAAGAUUAUACAUACAGAAAAAGGCUGAAGACACAACAGAGGAGGUGAACUCAUUUUUGAAUAGACCAACAAAACAGACAUAAAGACUCAAAAAGAAGUGCAACAGGCUUGAUUCGACAGCCUCAUCAUGGCCACCAACAACACAGCUAGCAUCGCCCAGGCUCGCAAACUGGUGGAGCAGCUCAAGAUGGAGGCCAAUAUAGACAGAAUAAAGCUCUCCAAAGCGGCAGCCGAUUUGACAUCAUACUGUGAAGCCCACGCUAAAGAAGACCCUCUGCUCUCCCCUGUGCCUGCAUCCGAGAAUCCUUUCAGAGAGAAGAAGUUCUUCUGUGCCAUCCUAUAACCAGCGUUGCCCAGCCAUGGACUCACCUCACUGGGAUACACUCAUGGACAUGUUGAUCUUUUACAAGGGCUAAAGAGGUGCGAUGGAGAACGCUUAACUUCUCCUGGCUCUCUACAAGCUCUUAUUAUGCCACCGACUCCACCGAGUGGCCUUGAGUUCAGCAUUGUUACAAGAAUCUGUUGACAUUGUCGAGAGCAGCAAACAAAUAAGUGACUGUCAUUGUAGCAGAUCAGCCAGAAUGUGUUUUGAAAAUAUUCAAGUAUUAAAAGGUUUCUGUCGUUCUGAUAAGGUUAUCACAUAUUUUUCUUUUUUGAAUUUUCAUGGGCUGUGAUCAUUUACCUGAUCCUUGAACCCACUGGAAAAAAUGUUUCACUUUUCAACGAUUUUUCUUUUCAGAUGCAAUUGCUGUAGGCCUUCAAUUUAUGUAGCUUUUUGUAGCCAUUUGUGGGUACAGAAGAAACUUUUUUUAUUUAAAGAAUGAUAGUUUAGUGAACUUUUAUAAUAAAUUAUGCUUGGACAAAUAUUCUUAAAUCUAAAUUCUUAUCUUUUAGAUGCUUAUAUAAUUAUUUGACUGUACAGCUAGUUGUUUUCUUUCUGUCCUUCAAAAGCAUCUCUUUUUACUAUUUGUACAGAAAUGUUAGCAAGUUUAACCGUGUUGUGCUAUAUGUUUUUAAUAUUUGUGGUGAUAUCAAUAAUAACUGCAUGAAGCCUGACAAUCUGCGUCUUUUUUCUUUCUGAAAGACAAUGGAAAUCAUAUUAAUACUGCAGUACGAUUUGUUGCAACCUUGACUGUUGUGUUGGUGUUAUACUGACACCUACCGGCCUUUAUAGACUGAAUUUUCAAUUUCUCAUGAAGGCUGAAAAUGAUAGAAGAUUAAUAAUACAUUAUAUAUGUAUUCACACCAUGAUCUUUUAAUCCUAAGUG